UCAAACCAAGCAGCAGCGCAGCGAGCUGGGGAUCCCCUCACGUUUCCAUCCUAGUCAUGUAAAGAGCAGCAUUACAGCCUUUCUGCUUUAUAAUGGAUGCGUCCGCUUUUGAUGUUUCGAAGAAUUUUUCACUACCCAAUCAGCUGGAUCAGUUUUCUGAUAAAUGUGACAGGAAAUAACUGCUGCAGACUUUGUCGGUGUGGAUGGACAGGUCAGGAGUGCAUAUGCGACACUGUGGGAACGCUUGGAUUUAUUUACCGCAUCCUUCUGGGAUUUACUGCCGAAAGAACUCUGCUCCUUGACCGGUUAAAAUAAGAGAGAGAAUGUAUGGAAUAAACCAACACUGUAUUUACAUAUCGUUUCAUUUUUUCGUGCUGUGGUGUCAGGCUCAGGGGGAGAAUCACCCGUCUCCUAAUUUUAACCAGUAUGUGAGGACGCAGGGCGCAGUGACGGACCAGCUCAGCCGAAGACAGGUCAGAGUUUACCAGCUCUACAGUCGCACUAGCGGGAAACACGUCCAGAUUCACGGCAAAAGGGUCACCGCCACCGCCGAGGAUGGAAAUCUGUACGCUCGCCUGUUUGUUGAGACAGACACCUUUGGCAGUCGAGUUAGGAUAAGAGGUGCAGAAAGUGGGCGCUACCUCUGUAUGAACCGGAAGGGGAAGCUUGUUGGAAAGCCAAAUGGCCGGAGCAAAGAUUGUAUCUUCACUGAGAUUGUACUGGAGAACAAUUACACAGCCUUCCAGAAUGCCAAGUAUGAGGGCUGGUAUGUGGCUUUCACCCGGAAAGGGAGGCCCAUGAAAGCCUCCAGAACGAGGGAGAAUCAGAGAGAGGUCCAUUUCAUCAAGAGGCUGCACACAGGAUUACCUCCCUUCCCCAACACGGACCAAAGUAAACCAUUUGAGUUCAUCAGAUUUCCGUCCACACGUAGAGCGAAGCGGAACAGGAAAAUCACCUAGCUCUUCCUAGGCGCAGCAAAAGUGAUGGACUGAUGACAGUUGUGACAUGGGAAGAAACAGAUGCAACUUUAUUUUUGUAUAUUUUUUGACAAGUGAAAAAUGCCUUAGAUGCCAUAAUAUUGCUGUAAAUACUGAAAGAGAGUAAAGCAAGUGGAUUGUAUUAAAUUGUCUAUUACGUCUGUGCGAGUGUUGAGGGAUGAAGUGACACGAUGCAUAGGGUGGCUAGCAAGAAAUCUGAGGAAGCCUAUGAAACAGCCCACGACACCAUUAGAUACUACACUUUCACAUUUCAAAUCAAUCAUAAAAUACAUUCAGUUGUGCUUUAAAGGAUGUUUUUCUUUAUAUCCCAGUGGGUCGACACAAUACUACCAUUCAUACCACAAGGAAACAUUUUUAAAGCAGCAGGUAACAAACAAAGAGUUCCAAUAAGGUCAUAUUGGAGACAGUUGGACAGUUAGAUUUAAAAUAAAUUUGAAUUUUUGGCCCAAACAUGCUGGCUGGAUUCAGCCCUACAUUGUUAUGAAGGGGUAAUCUAUCCAGAGAGAUCAGAAGGGGGGUUGCCACUUCAAUUAAAAAAGAAAG